AUGGCGCUGGCGGCUGUCUACAAGCAGUUCCUUGCUGCGCCGAGCUCGUCCCAACUGGCGGACGAUGCUUCCCUCCACUACAUAACCACUACUUCUAGCUACAGAGGUUCAGCCGAAAUAAUCAAGCACCUUAACAUUACAUCCAGGCAGCUCAAGAAGAAGAAGUCGGAAUUUCUUACCGUCAUAGAAGGUCAAAAUGCCAUUGCCGUCGAGAUUGACACUGUACUUGAGUUUCUCACCAGUGGUGGACCUUAUCUACCUGGUCUCGAUGACAACUUCCUGGCUGAUCGGACUGUUUAUAUUCCCAUUAUGCACAUCGUCACGUUUGAUAACAACGGCAAGAUUCUGCAGAUCCGCCAGUCCUGGGAUCAAGGCUCCCUACUCAAGCAGCUCGAUGUUAUCGGCAAGUCAGGUCGCAAUUGGCCAAUUCGCGAUAGCAAAGAACAGAUCAAGUUGAUCGAGAUUUGUGUCAAAUCCUCGAGCAAUGGCGCUUCUAGCCAAGACCCUAUUGACCUUGCCGCGCGCGCUCGUGGCAACUCGAACAAUGCCCUACGCGAUCCCCACGCUUCGCUUGCCUUGUUCGCUCCUCGCGAUGAGUCCGAUGGUAGCAUUGCCGCCGUUAUCUCCCCUAGAGGUGGAGCCCGACCGCGACAACGCGAUAUUAUGGAGAUCUUAGGUGACGAGCUAGUCGAAGGUCCUGAUCGCGAUCGAUCAGAAUCGCCAAGCAAAGCGGUUGCCCCUAAAGCUGGUGGUGAGAAGAAGUUCCAGCCAAGCCGCCUAUUUGCGGAUGAGGAAACCUUGGAAGAAAGUGACCCGAUCGAAGAUGUUGCUUCUCCUAAUCGUUUUAUCCGCCCCAACCCCCAGAAGUACAGCCACUUUGAUUUCGACGACGGCUCUAACGAGCCCGACCAGGUUCCGCUAGAGACAACUCCUGUAAAGACUAAACAUACCAGUCAAUGGUCUUUUGACGACUUCGUUACCCCGCACAAAGUGAAGCCGUCUAAAAUCUUGCAGGAGAAGAAUGCUCGUCAUUGGGGAAAUGAUGAUGAUGAAGUGUUAGAUAGUCCAGAGCGCAAGCCUGUACCUCCUAAAGCUCGUCGUGAUGCUGAGACCCAUUUCGAAUUCAUAGAUGAUGGUGUUCCUAGUGGUGCGCCUCGUGCUGCACGUCCCCGCGGCUCAACACAUAACAAUGGGCUUGGCUUGUACAAGAAUAAUUUGUACAACGAGGACGGAAAUGGAACACCUCCUGCCAGUGGGCCUCAACCCUUAGGGGCCAUCACGAACUUAAAGGACCGCGGUCGAGAUUUCGAAUCUCACUGGGACAUGACGGACAAAUCGCCAGCCCAAAAGCCACAGUCUAAGCUCGCGGUGGGAGAAGACCGUAAAAAAGCUGUCAAGAUGAUGGAUGCUAACUGGUCGAGCUACGACAAAUCUCCUGUACCAAAGGAAAAAGAAAACAAACCUAUUAGUACGGCUAGAGGUCCUGGACCUGAGGGCGAGAAGGGGAUCCACAUCGGUGGUGACGGAAUGGGCGGCGGCAAAGGCUCCAACCGCAACUGGCUAUUCGGUGACAAUGAUGACGACCAGAGUGCUACGCCAGCGCCCAGGAGAAAGGCCCAGCCUGCAACCGCUACGACCUUCAGUUGGGAUUUCUAG